CACACCUAACGCUUCCAGCUCCGCUAUCAAGAUAUCCUAUUUAUCUGCCAGCUCGGUGUGCACUCAAUACUAAACAUGUAUUCAAGACAUAUUAUUUGAUUGCAUUUCAAGCUUCUAGUAUGCGCAAAUGAAUUUAGGUUAUUGGCAACGGUAGCGGUGGCCGCCAACCAGUGAUGCUGGUGCCCCAUUCGUGGUUGUGGCGUGGUGUCAGCACGCGUGGCCCCACCGAGCAGGCGUGCAGCAGCUACAGUAGAUGUUCUCCAAACCUGCAAAAGCGUGCUCGCUUAACUAAGUCUGCGCGGAGACAGCACUCUGUGGAUGUCAGCGCGUACGAGCCGGCAGCGGCCUUCCAGGUUGCUCAGAACCGGACAGACAGCGGAGUGUUAAGGAGUAGCGAUGGCUAUAAUACCCCAGUCGAUGAUCCAGGAUCAGGUGCUGCUAGCCGGGACCGUAAUGAAGGUCAAGGAAAUGCACCAGCGAAAGUCCUAAAGAUCAACAUCGAUCUCCUUCUGUGGAGAAGCCGGACAGCGCGUAUCCGCGCAAAGCUGAUGCUUGACACGGCGGAGAGGAAGCAGCUAUAUAAGACCGCUGAAGAAGGACUCAGGCGCUGUUUGGCGCUGGAUCCCACGGAUCCGCGUGCCUACGUGGUACUAGGCAAGACGCUGGUGCAGCAGAAGCGCUACGAUGAGGCACGGCGGCUCUACCAGGACGGAUGCGCAAAUACAGGCAACACCAACCCCUACAUCUGGUCUGCUUGGGGCUGGCUGGAGGCCCUGACCGGCAACGCGGACCGCGCCCGCAAACUGUACGACGCGGCCCUAGUGGUCGACGGCACGCACGCAUGCGCCUGGCACAAGUGGGGCAUGCUGGAGAAGGGGCAGGGGAACUACACACGGGCUCGGGACCUGUGGAUGCAGGGCAUCCAGCGCUGCCGCCGCAAGCCCCAGUCCCAGAACGCUUACCUGUACAACGCCCUGGGCUGCAUGGCGGCUCAGCUGGGGCGGGUGGGGGAGGCGAGGGCGUGGUUCGAGGAGGGCACGCGGAGUGCGGAGGGGGCGGCCAGCGUGGCGUUGUGGCAGGCCUGGGCGAUCCUGGAAGCCCGGCAGGGUGACCCCUCCGCCGUACGCUACCUGUUCCGGAAAGCCCUGGGAGCCAACCCGCGGUCGCGCUACGUGCACCUGGCUUGGGGGCUGUGGGAGAAGCAGCAGGGCAACCCGCGGCAGUGCCUGGCGCUGCUGCAGCGGGGCUGCCAGCUCAACCCAACCGACCCGGCGCUGUUCCAGGCCUGGGCCCUAGUGGAGAAGCAGGCGGGCCGGAUUGACCGGGCUAGGAAGCUCUUUGAGCGGGGCUUGCAGGCCGACCCGGGCUAUUUGUACCUGUGGCAGGCGUACGGGGUGAUGGAGGCGGAGCUGGGCAACCUGGAUCGCGCGCGGCAGCUGUUCCAGGAGGGUGUGUGGGCGGACCCGCGCAGCGCCGACACGGUGUAUGUGUUCCACGCGUGGGGGCUGCUGGAGUGGCGGGCGGGCAACAUGCAGACCGCCAGGGAGCUGUUCAGGGCGGCGGUGCGGGUUGACCCCAAGGACGACACCGUGUGGGCCACCUGGAUCGCCAUGGAGGCGGACCAGGGCAACGUGGAGCGGGUGGAGGAGCUGCGCAUCCGCCAGGCGGAGCAGGCGUGGGAGUUCGUGGUGCCCGCGGGCUUCACCACGCGACCCGCGCCCGGACUGCUCGACACGCUGGCGCGGUUUUUCACAGCACGUGGUUUCGGAGGGGGAGGAGGGGGAGCGGGUUCCUGGCCCGGAGGAGGUGAGGGGAGGAGUUCCGCUUCUGGUGGGGGCGGUACGGCAGGCGCGGCGUCAUCGGCUGGGGGUGCUGCUGCGGCUGCGGCGGCGGCGGGAGGGGAAAAGGCGCGGCCGCUGCGGUUGCAGGAUGUUGAGCGGAUGCUGGAGACGGGCGACCUCUCAGCCCUCCCCGACUUCGUGUCCUCUGAUGACGAUCUGGAAAACGACCUUCGACCUCCCUCCUCUCGCGGCAGUGGCAACAGUACGACACACGGUGGCAGUACGACAAACAGCAGCAGUGGCAGCGCUAGCAAUGGUAGCAGCAGUGGCGUGCGGUCGCCCUGGCGACCCCCACCACCCAUACUGCGGGAGUCUAGAGCGGGGCCACCCGCCGUAAAUAACGCCCCUGCUACCGCUACGUCAGCUACUGCCCCUCCCUUCGCUGCUCGUGCUGCUACAGCCGCAGGUGCAGCAGCCUGUAGUAGUCCCACAGCUGCUACAGCCCCCACUGGCACCGCUACAGCUGCUGCAGCUACUGCCAUACCAGCUGGCGAUGCAAAAGCUGGCGAUGCGGCAGCAGCUGUAGCAGCAGCAGCAAUGGCAACAGCCGGAUCAUUACAAGGGCCUGCAGUACAAUCUGGGUCGCCUGGGCUAGGUGCAGGGACGGGGUCCGGACCUGCUUUGGAGGCCUUGGCACGGCCGCGAGCGCCCUCCCUGGAUGCGGGUGUGGACCUUUCCGCAGCAGAACGAGUGGGGCUGGGAGUAGCGCGGCAGGAGGAGGGGAAGGGCAGGGAGCUCGAUGAGGAGGAGGACGAGGAGGAGGCAGCAGCUGUGAGGUUGGGGCUAAGCCAAGGGCGGCAAGCCCCUGGCUCGUCCUCUUCUUCUACAGCUGAUCCAUCGGACUCGCAGCGGCAACGGCAGCAGCAGCGGCAGCAACCGGCGCCCCUGCCGGUUUCCGCGCGUGUAGGCGGCGGUGGCGACAGUAACGACAGCAGUGGCAGUAGCAGGCAGAGCCCCGUCAGCUUGACUCCCAGACCAUUGCCCAAGACGCGACGGAGGGUUGAGCGUUGAGGUUGGCUGGCUGGUUGGUGAUGAUGGUGAUUUGGGUUCUUUCCUCGGAGCAGCAGUAGCGACGUAUUGCGGUUUACUAGUGUAGCGGCGUAUCGUGUACUAGCCGUCAAUCGGAGUUGGUUGGGUUGCCGGAUGCCGUAUGUCCACACGUUUUUGUGCCGUGUGCACCGAAGCGGUGUCAACCCUUUUUGCUAACAUUCGCUAUCAUUAUUGUGCGCAAUGGGGGUAGGAGAGAGAGAGCUGAAGCGUUGGGGAAGGGGUAAUCGGGGCAAGCAGAGAACUUUUGAUGAACGAGGUCUAGGAGGGUAGGAACACUGCAAGCAUGGCUUGCAGACAUAUGCGUGCUCGCAAGUGCCGCCACGGUGUUCGUACAUUGAGGGGCCUGUUUGGUGCCGUACAUGCACGGCCGUGUGCCUUUUAGAGGGAGUGUAGGUUAGGUGUGCAGGGAGGAGGAUGCGAGGAGGAGUUGCCGCGAGCAAGGCUUGACUAGUUGUCAACUGAUGCACGAUGCAACAUACUGUAGGUGGUACGGAGUUGCGGGGAACCUUACAUAGUUUCGCAGGUAUUCCGCAGGCAGGUUGUGGCGGCCCCGGGCUGGGGUCGCAUAGGUUUGACGCCGCUGUGUACCGUUAACUUGACAGCAAGCAGAGCGUUUGUUCCGAGACAUGUGCUUUCGGGGCUUUUUGGGGAGCACGGUUUUGUAUUCUUGGCUUCGCACAGUAUCACAGACGCGUCGGUUGGGGAUUAUCAAUGCGAGGCCCUCGAGGGUCGGACUAACGGAGGAAACUUGCCGCAUGGAAAUUCCGUGAAUGCGGGAGGGUAGGACCCGUCAUGUAUAAUGCAGUAUGCA